AUGUCAGAUGUAUCAUUUAUAGCUAAGCGUUCACUGGAAUCCAAUGAACAGCUAGGUCUGAAAAAGUCAAAGCUUAUUACUGACUUUUUUCAACUGAAGUCAAUAGACACUACUGGAACUAUCAAUAAAUCAACGUCAAUUGAAUCUACCAAUGAUCAGGAAAAGCAUACGACAAAUAUACCAGCAUGGAAUGAAACUAUUAAUAAACAUGAAAAAUAUACGAUAAGUACCAAGAUCGAUAAAGAUAACUCAAAUGUUUCAGACGAAGAUAGAUACGCUGAGUUCUGUGCCGAACAUAAUUUCAAUAAAGAAGAAUGGGUUGACUCUUUGACUACAGAAGAGAAAGACCUCUUAGACCUAGAGAUUAAAUAUUUGCAUAUUACGUGGUUAGUAUUUUUGCACAAAACAAUAACCAGACCAUACUUUUUAAAAUUAAAACAGUUUUUAAAAUCACAGUCAGGCAAAACGAUUUUCCCUCCAAAAGAACAAAUCUAUUCAUGGUCCCAUUAUACUCCAUUACCUUCUAUCAAAUGUCUUGUAUUGGGCCAAGAUCCAUAUCAUAAUUUCAACCAAGCGCAUGGUCUAGCAUUCUCAGUCUUAGAGCCAACUAGACCCCCUCCAUCUCUAUUGAAUAUCUACAAAACUUUGAAAAUUGAUUAUCCCGAUUUCAUUAUUCCUGAGUAUCAAGUAUUGGCCAAACAAGGUAACCCCGGUGGAGGUAAUUUGACCAAGUGGGCCAAACAAGGUGUGCUAUUAUUGAAUGCUGUAUUAACCGUUGGGUGUCAUAAAGCAAAUAGCCACGCUCGACAAGGAUGGGAAACCUUCACAGAAGAAAUUUUGAAAACAGCAAUCAACUAUUAUAACAAAGAGCAAUCAAAUGGUUUUGUCAUUAUGGCAUGGGGAACUCCAGCGCAGAAAAGAAUACUGAAUUUCAAUUCUUUACUAAAUUCAAAUAAGUUUCUAGUGUUGAAAACAGUUCAUCCGUCACCAUUAUCUGCUCGAAGAGGCUUUUUUGAUCUGAAAGUUUUCAAAAAUUGUAAUGAAUGGUUGAACGAAAAUGGUAACAGCAAGAUCGAUUGGGGCUUAAUAGAUGGAAACGUAGUUCUUUAG